GGUAAACCCGCCACGUAUUGUGUCGCUUGCCAUGUCAGCGUUUGAAUUCAGAUAGCAGAGCCCGCCCUCUCCGGCAGCACACCCCCGUGAACUCCUACCACACACACUGUACUUUGACUGCGACAUGCGAGUGAGUGAGAUGAACGACGGUGUGCUAAGUGACUCGGAGGGUGUGUGAGUGGUUCUGCGGUGUUGGAGGAUGUUUCCCAGCAGACCCUGUGACUCCCGUGACUGUGGAGGAUGGAAGACCCUCUCAGUGCUGCACUGAUGCGCCCCAGUAACGCUCCGAACCUCCGGCCCUUUUCCUCCGGCUGCUUCACACCCCGCUGACAGAUUUCCAGGAUGUUUUGGAAAUUCCGCCGGCUCCACAAGUGCCAGUGCGUCCGUCUGAUACUCACCUGCCUGGUGCUGUCGCUGAUCAUGGUGUGUUGGGACAAAAGCGUCUUCAACCACCUCAAGUCCUAUUCAUGCCGCUUCCUGGUCGACCGCUUCAGGGACGUCAACAAGAGCCUCACCAUCACCCGGGAACAGGCCCGGAGCUUCAGCAACUUCCGCAGCCUGCUGGACCACCCGGACAAAUGCGCCGGUAAGGACGUCCUCCUCCUGGUCUUUGUCAAAACGUCUCCUGGGAACAGUGCCAGGCGUGACGCCAUCAGGUCCACUUGGGGCAGCGAGACCUACAUCCGGCGCACGCUGGGAGUGACCGUGAAGGUGGUGUUCGCCUUAGGAGCCCCUGCCGUGGACGCGGCCGCCGUUCAAAGGCAGCUCGUCCAAGAGAACAGCCGCCAUGCCGAUUUGAUCCAGCAGGACUUCAUGGACUCCUUCCACAAUCUGACCCUUAAGCUGAUCAUGCAGUUCCACUGGAUGCACCGCUGCUGCGCUCACGCCCGCUUCCUAAUGAUCACCGACGACGACGUCUUCAUCCACAUGCCAAACUUAGCGGGGUACCUGCGGGACAAGAGCACGGUGGGCGCCACUGACUUUUGGGUGGGCCGGGUGCACUGGGGGGCUCCGCCCAUCCGUAGUAAGAACAGCAAGUACUACGUGUCUUUUGAGAUGUACCAAUGGUGGUCUUACCCCGACUACACAGCAGGAGGGGGCUAUGUGAUGUCCGGCGACGUGGCCGGCAAGAUCUACCAGGCCACGCUGACGCUGAACGCCUCGCUCUACAUAGACGACGUGUUCAUGGGCAUCUGCGCCAUGGCUGUUGGUGUGUCCCCACAGGCCCACGUGUACUUCUCAGGGGAGGGCAAGGCUCCCCGCCACCUGUGCAUCUACGACCGGAUGAUGACCUCCCACGGCCACACGGAGGAUCUCCACGAGCUGUGGAAGGCGGCCACACACCCCCAAGUGAAAGAGAAGACGUCUGGGAUCUUAGGCAAACUGUACUGCACAGCCACUAAGAUCUAUCUGCUCUGUAACCCCCUCGCUUUCAACGGCUAUCCCUGCACAGCCGCGUUUUACUGAGUUAACUUCAAGAUCACUGCUGUCCGUCAAGUCAAACAUGCCUCCUGAUGUGACACGUUCAACAUCAUAAUAAACAUUGUCAAAUGCUAAGUUAUUGUUAUUUGGUUUAAUCUUGUAUCAGGGGUGUCAAACUUGUUUUUAUUGAGGGCCACAUCACAACCUUGGCUGCCCUUAGAGGGCCGUUUGUAACUGUGAUCUAUCAAUGAAUAACCUUACUACACAAUUUGCAUAGGCAACUGUUUUUAAAUUGUGAAUCAUUUAGUAACAAAUGGAUAACUUGCUGUGAAGUAUUAAGUCGAGGUGACUUGCAGA